CACAACAACAACAUCAACAAUGAAGCCCGAAAAAACAGGGAAUAUGAAAGUAAACUGGACGACCUUCCCGAAGAACGCACGAAAUGGCAGAGUUAGCUUCUUCUUUUUUGUGGCAACUGUAAGGCGGCUAUAAAAAGCAACCACUGCACCACAAAACCGCACAGAGUUCUCUAGAGCGAGUACUAGUCCACGACACUAGCAGCGCCUCUUAACCAACCCACCCAAGAAGACCAACUAAGGAAAUCCAAAAGAAACAAAGAUGCAGCCACUGAACUUGAGCUUUUAUCUCUGCCUGCUGCUUGCACCACUGCGCGCUGCUUUGGGUGGCUCACUGCUGGACUAUGGCGCACCACCGGCCGCCGGCACCAUCACCCAGUACCACAGCCAGGACGAGCACGGUCAGUAUGCCUACGGCUACACGGCUCCACUCUACUCCAAGCACGAGACACGCACCGCAGAUGGCGUCACGCACGGCUCCUACAGCUAUGUGGAUGCCCGGGGAGAGCGCCAGACGGUGGGCUACACAGCGGAUGCGGCCGGCUUUCGCAUCACCUCGAGCAGCCUGCAGCAGCAGCCAAACAAGGAGACGCCAGAGGUUGCCCAGCUGCGCGCCCAGCAUCUGGCUGCCCAUGCAGAGGCCAAGCUGCGUUUGGCUGGCGGCUCAUCUUUGUCACCUGUACAGGAUACACCAGAGGUGGCGGCCGCCAAGGUGGCCUUCUUCAAGCGGUUCGAGGCGGAGAAGCUGCGCCAUCAGCUAACCAAGCCAGUCGUCAAAGCAGCCAUUCAGCCCAGCUACAACAUCAUCUCCCAGCCCCUGUACGUCUAUCGGCCAGCCAGUGGCUACGUUUACAAGUACAACUCCCUGCUGAAGGCUGCACCACCCACACGUGCAUAUCUGCCAGUGGCUUAA